AUGGAUUUUACUCCCGAAGAACUUGAUCUCAGCUCCCCUUGCUUACUGGUGGAGAAUUCUCAGUCUCAGGAAACCGAAACAGUCUUUCGAUCGGACAGUGCGUGUGAUUUGGCGAUUCUGAAACAGUUGACUCGAUUGUCAACCAGUCGCACGGAUCCUUCAGCGGGCAUCUCUUAUGACCAUCCGUCGUUUCCUCGAAAUUGUGCCGCUAUAAGUUGUUCUACUACUGGAGGAGAGGGUGUAAGAAGAGAGGAAGGUGAAAAAAGCCGGCAACCGGACGAUCGCGGCCAACAUGGACAAGGACGUGAUAGCAGCGGAGGUAAUGAUAGAGGCGGUAGCGAUGGUGGAGGAGGUGAUGAUAACGGGGGUAGGGAUGGGGGCGAUGAAGGUGGCGGAGGGGAUGCCGGUGGGGGGGACGGUGAUGGUGGUGAUGAUAAUGACAAUGAUGAAAAUAACGAGCAAGAUCCCAGUGCAAAUGAGGAAGAAUCCCCUCAUCCAGACGAGCCAUCCUCUUCAAGUGAUGCACUACCAGAGCUGAUUCGCCCUCCAGAAGCUGCUACCCUCUCAGAACCACUGGUUCGAGUUGUGGUAACAGAUUCAGCACCUCCCAGACAACAUGUUAGUGGGGAAGGAAGAGGAAGUGUUCAUGACUUUAGUGGAGACAAUUACAGUGAGGCGUCAACUGGUGUUGUUGGUGAGGGGGCUGAUGUUGCUUCUGACCUUAGUGAAGUAUCUACAGCCCUUGUGGAUGAGGAGAAGAAGUCAACAUGCUCAUCAAGUGUUGGUAAGAACACUGAUUGCAUACUUUCCUAUUCCUCUCUGUAUAGGUGUCAAACUAAAAAUACAAGCAGUAACCUCCAAUCUAAAACCAAUCUAAAAUCUCUGGGUCCUUUGAAUUUGGACUUGUAUCACCAAUAGCUUUUGAUGAAUAUUUACAUUACAAUUGCAACUUACUUUGCUCAAUACACAGGACAUAAGUCUGAUCAUGGCUCAGCCAUGAGCAGCAGCAGUUACCAUGGAGAUCUCAGCAACUUGUCUAGUGAAAGUGGCUCCCAAGUAUCCCCAGAAGUGCGUAAACACCUUCCACAAUUACUAAGGAAACAGUCAACCAGUGAUACUAGCACUAGCAGUGCUGGGUCGAAAGGGGAGAAAGUGCAUGCCAAAGUUACUGGUUAUACGCUGUGGUCAAUGGAGGAAGAGCAAGAAGGUUGUUCUUCCCAAGAGGACAUGUUUGCCUCUUCUCAAGGCCAUCAGGAAGGGACAACAAGACCAAACCUUUCGGUUGACUUGAAGUUACCACAACACCAAUCCACUCCAGUGGAUGACAAAAACAGCAGAGAAUCACAUCCUAGUGAGCGAUCACUGUACAAGCAGGUGUUCACUUCCAAGCAACGUACAUCAACACCAGUUGAAGGUGGUGGUGGAUUUUUCUGCACCCCUCCCUCUCAAGAAACACCAAUUGACAAUGUGGCUUUUCAAAGCUUGCAAUUUUCUGGAGAGCCUAGUGUCAUGGUGUCUUCAUCUUCAUCAUCAGAUAAAGUGCAUCCUUCACCUGAUGCCUAUAGCUCAGUUCAAGACUUACAUCCAUCUUCUCCAACAGCUGCUGCUGAAGAGCAAGUAGAAAAGAAAAGUAACAGGUAAAAAGAAGGAAGAUCCAGAUCACAGGGUUAGGGGGAACCUUUUCUCAAAAAAAAGAACCUGUUUCCCAAACUUAAACAAAUAACCUAGGUGCACUCGUGGUUUGCAGAGGAAGUAUGGUAUUUUUUUUAAAAUAAAGACCAGAGAUAUGCAGUUAAAAAAUGGUGACCCACAUGAGCAGUGAGUCAGAACACUAUGUGAAUCAAACUUUAAUUUCCUUCAAUCUAUAAUCAUAAUAAAUUAUUUAUAAGGGAGAUGCAAUGGCCUCAUGGUUAGUGCACUGAAAUCUUGGUCAACAUAUCUGGGUUUGAGACCAAGCCAGGUCAUUGUGUUGUGUUCUUGGGAUAAACUCUUUUAUUUCACAGAACCUCUCUCUAACCCAGGAAUAUAAAUGGGUACUGAUAAAUUGUCAGAGAAGCCCGAUGAAAUGCUGGGAUGUAACUGUGCAAUGUACUAAUAUCCUAUCCAGGGGCUCUAGUCAUACUUCUAGUAGCUUCAUGCCAAGGAAACCAGGACAGGUUCUUUAGUAUUAUCAGUUGAGUUGGUAACAUAAAUUGGCCAGGUUCAAAGCUGAUGGUGGCCAAUUUAGGUUAUCAACUCAGUUGAUAACACUGAAUUACCCUGUUACACUCUCCCACCAAUGCAGCUAUACAUUUUUUGUAAGGAACUUACCCCCUUUAUUCUGGAUAGGUUCUGGCUGGCCAGACAGCUUAGCUCAACUACAGCUGUUUUUUUUGUCUAAUGAUACAUGUGAUUUACCAUGGUGAAGUACCAGAAGCCAUUUGUAUUUCAUAUAUCUUUUCAUGAAUGAAAUUAUUCAUGGAUAACACACAGCAAUGUUUUUCUUGUUAUAUAUUUAUGAUAAUUCAUUUCUAUUUAGGAAAGAGGGAACAUAUGAGAAAGGGUGUGAAGACAGACAGACUCAAAAAUCCAAAAACAUCAAAGAAUCUGUAAAAAAUUAUGUGGAGAAGGAACAGUCAGAGAUGUCAAAAGCAGCAGCAGAAUUGUUGCAGUCAUUUGAUAUGUCACAAAGCCAAGAAAGACAUUUGGAAAAGCCAGCAUCUCUAAGACUCAGAGAAUCAUUAGAUGAUGAAAGAGUUGAGUUACCUCUCUGGCAGCAAAAGCAACAGCAAGAGGCACUCCAGCAAGCCAGUGACACCAAUGAAAAGAAGUCAAGUGACACUUCCUCAAAAGGUUCAUCCAGUGAGGACUCAUCUAAGGGUGAAUCAUCACCUCAACUGCAGCAGUGGCAGCCAGUUAGUAGUGCUUUGAGUAACAGUAGCCUAGGAUCCACAGGUUCAAAAGGAAAAUAUACAGUGCUGCCACCAAAUGGCUCUAAGGAGCAGUGUGUACCUUUCAUAAGUGGUAGCUUUCUUGACAGUCCUAAGCAUGAGCCACUAAUUUCUGAUUUACCAGUAGAUCACCCUAAGCAGAGCUUACAUGAAGAACAGUUGUCAUUGUCUCCAUCUUCACUAAUAAUGCAUCCCUUUAAACCAAGCAAAAGUAAGGCUGAAGGUACUGAAGAAAGCCCUGCUGUGCUGCCAGGUCCCACACAACCAGAGAUGAGUGAGGAUAUGUUCUUUCCUGUAAUAAACCAGGAAGACAAGGAACAGAAAAGUAUUUCAGGUAUUUCAUAAUCUCUAUCUUGCUGUAUAUUUAACAAAUAGAUCAUGUGUUGCAGUGUGUCUGUUGGUAAAAACAAACAAGUGGCAGACAAGGCACAGCUGAGUGUGUUUCUGAUAUUCUUACCAGAUUUUUGUCUCCUGUGAUCUUUUCCUAUACAGACCAAGCAUGUCGUGGAAUCUAUUUGUUUUAUAUGUCAAAAAAAGAAAAAUGUUGGAAUUGGUGAUGUUAGCUAUAACAUCUGUCCUCGAAUAGAUCAUGAAUAAGAACCAAUCACAACACAAGUAUAAUUCAGCUUAUCAUAUAAUAUAUUAUAUUUCUAAUUCUCAAAGUCUAUAUACACCUGUGGUUACACAUUGAAAUGCAGCUGGUGAAAUUAGGAUAUUGGCUUCUAUUAAGAGAGAUGUAGAGAAAAACCCUUUGAUCACAAUUAGGAACAAACAACAAAUAGAGACCACAUGUGACACCAAGUUUGGAAUUUACAUAGGGGCCACUGUGGAGGCAGGCAAUUUCCAUCCCUGCUUCCCAAAAAGGCAUUGAAUGUAUGCACAAGAGAACUGUGGACCUUAAGUUGACAGAAUAGAUGUAGUUGCAAAAUCAGUGAAACCAUUGAAUUGCCCAGUUCAGUUUGAUUAUUUUCCUUCCAGCUGUUAUAUAUUUUAAUUUGAAAUUGAUUUAGAGAACUUAGAGAUAUAUCUUAAUAACAACCCCAAGUGGAAAAAGCAGUGAAUCCUCAUCAAGUGUCUGAGAUAAUGUGUCAAAAUUGUACAAAGUUAAAUCUAAACUACCCUGGUGAGUCAAAGCUGUUUCAUGAAUUUUUUUUAUCAGAUGAAUCUCCUGACCAGCCAAUGGAAGAACAAAAUAUUCAAGGGGUCUUAGAUUCUCAAGACAUAGUGAUGCCGUUCUCAUUGCACCUGACUCAGUCGCAGUUGGUCAUGGGAAGCCAGAUGCCAUCAGAUACCAGCCAGGGACUGGAGGGGAUUCAGGAGGUAAAACAACACAGAGAAUGAUAGUUUCUCCUUACAGUUUCACCCUUGAUUCAAGUAUUGAGGUCAUGAGAAUAAAGGAAAUGAUCACCAAUUUAAAAAGCUUUUAAUUGUCUAUUGUCUUUUAAUUCUCCUUGUCAGUACUAUGGAAAAUGUAAAGAGAGAAUAUAAAUACGAGUGUUAGAGUGUAAAGGGUUAAAAUCCAUUUGCAUUACACGCUUGUCUGUAAGUUAGUCUUUUAGGAAUGAUGAUGUAUUGACAUUGUGAGGAGAAGUUUCAUUUUAAUCAUUUCUUGGAGUUUAAACGUUGGGAAAUGCUUGGUCAGAAAGGUGGAGGCAAAUACUGGACCCCUUGCAACUUGUCCAAUUUUUUUUUUUUCAAUCUUUCACAGGAUGUGAUUGUCAGUGAAGUGACAAAUAACGUCACCGAGUGCAAACUGGCAGAAACAAUUCAAGCUGAAGAGGCAAGUACUUUGACAAAACAAGACUCCGGCAGCCAGUCCAUUUUGGCCCCUUUGGAAAGACAACUUCCUACAAUGGCUCUUGCCCAAGAUGAUAAUGACAAGGAACAGCUGACUAUGAACGUUCCAACCAAAGCACCGGAGAAUCUUGUGAGAUCUACUGACGGCAUCGACGAAAUUCAUCGAGACCAAGGUACCUACCCCUUUACGGAUAGGGGCGAUGUAAUCCACCCUCCAGAGAAGAAUGCACCCGUUGAAGAAUCAGGGGGUGUCACUCAACCUGUGGAGCAGGAAGCGCCCGAUGAUCUUAUACAAGAACAGGCAAGCAUACCGGAGAAGGGAACUGAAAUUAUAUUCCGGGAGAAAGACACGUCUGAUGAUCUUGAAAAAGAACAAUCAAGCACAGCAGGCGUUCAUGCAAGAAAACCGAUAAAACCAACGCUCCCAGCAGCAAUAUUUUCAGAAUCCUCGAGUGACUCUGGUACAAGUUUCCACUUUUCCUUACCAAGGGAGCCGCUAAGACCACUGACGUCUACCACUCCACCCCCCUUCAGACCCGUUAGUCCGGACACUCCAGACUCAGAGGAGAGGAGUAGCAGACGCAGUAUUAUCCCGGAUGUGGCUCUUCCUGUGGUUAGAGAGACGCCAGGGAUGUCUAGCCAAGGUAUUUUUGAAAUCUUUUACGUGGUGUGAUUUCUCACCACCAUGAGAGAGUCUGGACAAUUGAUCAAAUGAUCGGCAGAUCCUAUUACCCUACCAUUACACGUUAGAGAAGGGGAAAGUGGAGUUACUCAAACUCACAGCAGUAUUUUUCAAUGAAAGUUAUCACGGUGUAAUCUUGUAUGAACAAGAGCCUAAGUCAUAGAAAAUGCUUCUUCGGUGAUGCGUCAUUUAUUACGAUAGAUACCGAGAGUGCGAAAGGAAACUCGCUGACUUCGAUCGGGUUCAAAGUCGAAUACAGUCAAGUUAGGGAAAAAUACUACAGGCAGCCAAGACAUUAUUGGUAGUCAAUAGUUCCUGAAAGUCUUGAAGAACAAAAAAAAAGGUUUCAACUUCUCUUUUGAUGUUGGGCAUUAGGACGAAAAACAUAAUUUUCUUAUCCUGUAACUAACCUGAUGAACACAGGACUUGUAGUGGGGGGGAGAGGAGGGGCUAGGGAGAUUGAGCUCACAUAUUUCCAGAGUAGCUUCAGAAUUCUCCCAAAGGUCAUGACUUUUUCAAUGAUAUUAAGUCUUUUUUCUCCGUUCAGAGGUAGCCUUCCAUUUCGAGCCCAGCCAACCUCGGGCUUCUACAUCCACAGAGAGCUUAGACCGUCCUCACUCCAAUGCCCCAGUACCCCCGCGAUCAAUAUUUAGUCGCGCUCGAAAAGCCAUCGCCAAAACUAAGAAGAGAGGAAUGAGAGAGGUCCAAAGCGAUGACGAUCCGUUUGCAUUUACCGCCGAAGAUGAUGUACCAGAACCCGUGCGAAAAAAGCCAAAAAGAGGAUCUCCUCGUGGGACGCGUGGAAAAGAGAUUAGACCAAGAGCAGAGGUCAAAAAUAUCACGAGCACUAAAAGAGUUCGCGAAGAAAGGGAGGCUUCCUCUGAGAGCGAAGGAUUAGAGGAAGCACUCUUAAAACGAUUCAGAAGAGAGGAUGAUGAACUAAAGCCUGACAAAGGCGAGGCGGUAAAGGCUACAUCAUCAGGUGCCGUACACUACAAGCAAAUCAUGCGCACAUGCACUGUAACCACGGUAACGACUCAAGUGAAACGAAAUGUAACUAUGACCAUCGUCGAUGAGGAAUCAGGAGAAGUUGUGCAGGUUUUUACCUUUGAAGAAGAUGGGGAACCGAAAGUGGAGAGCCAAGAGGAGGAGAAGGAGGAAGUCACUAAAUUUGUGGAGACUUCCAACGUCGACGGGUCUCGUGUAACAGUUACUGCGAAGACACCGAAACAAGAUGAGCUUCAGCAACAAAAUAGAAGUUCUCCGCGAAGGAAAAGUAGUAAAUCACCAGCUUCUAAACAAGCAACGCGCGCUUCUGGUAAAACGCAGGCCUUGGUAACCUCCGGUAAGAGUGAUUCUGAUAGAAGCUCGGAAGAUGGAGGUAAAGGACAAGAUGACAACCAACAUACUAGGGGUGAACCCACAGAAAUCCCUUCGAUCUCAAGGCAGGAUACCGAACCAAUUUUAGAGAAGGAGUCAAAUCUCAAACGCUCCUCAUCGAGUGACUCCUCUUUGACUCCUGGAACCCGCGUGUUAGCGAAGUGGUUAGACGGUUACUUCUAUCCAGGAAUAAUCACUGCAAAGCAGUUCAAAAACGGACGAUACUCGGUAACCUUUGACGACGGCGACAAACGAAGGAUUCCACGUGAAAACCUUAUCAUCAAGGAUUUAUUGCCGGUUGGGCAGAGUGUCAUGGCUCAAGGGGAUCUUGUAGAUGACUUCUAUGAAGAAGGGGUGAUCGUGGGACAUUAUCGAGAUCGAAACGCACGCGGUUACGAAAUACAGACCCAGAAUGGUGCAAUACGCCGGUACCCACGGAGUAGAAUUAUUUUAUCGGAACAGCAAGCCGUAGCUGUUUUAUCCAGUGAUAGUUCGUUUAGCGUCACAAGUGGUUCCAGUGUCAGUAUUGGAGCACAUAGCUUGAGGCGAGCAGGGAGCAGUAACGUUAGUCUACACGAUGUCUCCAAGUCGGGUGGCAUAGAUGCUAAGGACACCUCACGAGACACUAGCUCUAAAGACACGAGCCCGAAUGACGAAAGAACGCAGGAAAAAAAUGCUGAUCGCGCCUCACCACGCGUUGGCCCAAGACGUUCAAAGGUGGCGUCCGCCGACAUGGAUAUCACGCCUAAGUCUACACAUAAGUCGUCACAUAAGAUCAAAGCACAGGCUAGACGUGCGGGACAUAGGAUUGGUGAGAGCGAGUCGAGUUCAGAUGAGCAGCAUGGUAAGGCUGGCGGCAAACGACGAUAUGUUAGGAGAGGGUUGUCAUCCACGUAUGGUCCCAAAUCACCUGCGAGGCCCGUUGGCACGAUACCGGCUCAACCUGUGAGAGGACGCACGCCGUGUAAACAGAUAAGCGACAGAGAGGACACUGUCGAAGCACCACAUCUACCAAGAAACAGGAAUACUUUUGCUGGUUUAGCCUUUCUGGUGACAGGCGUGACCAGAGACAAGGAUGAGCCUGAAGAGACGGACAGUGAAUCGGAGAGAAUUGACUUUAAUCGCCAUCACUUGAAACGUCAGAUCGAGGCUGGUGGUGGCGUCGUGCUGUCCUCGUUUCCUCAAUCACAGAUUUCUGGCGCAGAGUGCUUCUUGAUAUCCCACACACACCAACGGACACAAAAAUAUUUCCAAUCCCUCGCUUCUGGAAUUCCGUGUGUUUCACACAUGUGGAUAAAUGAUUGUUGCGCUUGUGAUAAGCGUUUGGACUACAAGAAGUACUUGCUCCCUGCGGGAGAAAGCCUAGAGGCCGGGGAAAUUGUAGAAUGCCGGCCGAGAAGGAACAUUUUGGGCGACAUGCGAGUAAGUGAUGUUAUUCUCAUAAUACCCGUGCAUCAGUCCAAUUUUUGUAGAAAAAUAACGCCUACAAGGCAGACGUAAGUAGGGGAGGGAAAAGAAAGGGAAAAUCGGAGAAGGGGGAAGUAGAACGAGGACUUCGUGGCUCGUACUUUUAGUGUCUUUCCCCCCCCCCUCCCCUCCCCCCCUUUCCUUUUCGCGCCUGCCGUGCAGGUAACGGGAAAUUGCGUUACCCAUUUACAUUAAACCAGGAAAAUAUUGAAGCUCAAGAAUCCAUGAGGGGCUGGUAAGAUCAUGCAUGCUUCCACAACCAUGAAAACGCAUAGCUAUCUGUAUGUGACUCAUGAAGGUAAUUAUUUCAUCACCUUGAACUUUUAAAAAGAAAAAAUUCCUCUUUCUCUGUGUUCACUCCUUUGGAAAAUUGGCUGUAAGGGCAGGUUGUCUUUGGAUAACGAUGUACAUGUAGCCCCUUUGAUUUUUGUUGUCCUUACCCAUUCAGAGUUCUUCCUAAAGGUCUAAAAACUUGUUUCGGUGCUAUUUAGAGAAUGAUGUUCAAGGAAAAGGGAAUUCUUUAAAGUUGCCUAACCAUGCAUCCCCUAAUAUUCUCUCAUUAUUCGAUUUUGUCAUUCACAAGGUCUAUCUUCACGGGAGCCAGCAGUUCAAGGACACUUGGUCCAGCGUGUUGCUGGCUGCGGGAUGUAGGAUGGUCGCCAAGCUUCCAGGCCGCGUUGAUUACGAAUGCGAUGUUAUCAUCUGCGAGGAUCACAAGCUUCCUGCGAGUGUCAAACACGCCGCUAAUCUGCUUGCAAUUCCUAUUGUGUCACUGGAAUGGCUUCUACAAACACUCAUCAACGGUCGACAGGUUCCUUUUGAUGGUCACCCGAAGUAUGAUUAUCGGUGUAAGAAUUCGUGACCUUGGUCAGAACGCGUGACUAAGCAAGAUGUAAUCAACCUUAGACUGCCUAUCAGCAUGUGAGAGACGGUAAUGCGAUGUUUUUCUUUGGAAGUUUUUCUAAAAUCGUAACUAUGGCAAAGGUAACAGAAGUGAGUUGACUUUGAAAUUGCCUAUCGAUUUUCAGUAUUCGUGUGAUUUCCAAACCUCAUAGAUCGAACUCGGUAAGUGAUGUCAAUAUCGACCCACUUUUGACACGGUCGGCCUGCCAUUCGUACCAAUUUAGAUGGCAAUCGAAUGUGCUAUAGUGUUUAAAAGAUGGAAAUAUGUGGGUCGCAUGUAAAGAUAGAUUAGGAAUGUGUGGCAAUUGAAAACAAAAGCAAAUGAUACUUGACUCUGAGAGGGUUUCAAUUGUUCUGGACAUUUAAUUUCCGUUAAAUAAUAGUCUAAAUCAGUGGUCUCCCUUAUUUUAAGCAUAAUAGGUAAAAUAAAUUUUCAAACCGGUAAAGGAACCUUCUACCUGUUGAAUUUUUAAGAAUUCCAAGCAAUUUUAAAUGGUAUUAAGAGGUACUACAGAAGGUAAAUUUUACCGGUUACUGCCUGAAAAGGGGAACACUGAUUCUAAACCAUGCUUUCUUGAAAUGUUGACCACUAUACUGUUUUUAAUGUUUGUAAAAUAUGAUUUUAGCAAGACCAAGUCAUAGUAGUAAUAUUAGUAGUAAUAUCAUCAGAUCAAGUUAUUCUCAGAUUUUACCAUUAAUGAAAUAUUACUUACGGUACUAAUUGAAAUACUUUUUGUCGUCAGGGCAAGAGAAAAAUAAAUUUUAGCGACAAUUAUUACAAAUGGUAGAGUAAAUCACAUUUUCUAGUUAUGCAAUAAGUUCACUCUUUUUGCUAAAUUAUUUUUUAAAUAUGUUUUCUGUUUCUUUUGAGAUUUUAAUAAUUUUAUAGAGCUUACAGUCCUUAAAAAACAGUCUAAUUAGUUUUUAUAGUUUUAAUGUUUUUUUUCCUUCGCUGUUCUUCAUCGGCAUAGUUCUAAUGCCUUUUUUUUAAUAGAAAACUUUUGAUAGAUUAUAUUAAUUUUUACUUUUUAAAGUAUAGUUUCUGGGCGCCGAGAGUGACACUGAAAUAAUUAACACGUUUCAAAUAAAGAUAUUAUGGUCUGGUUUGAAAAUGAUGGAGAAUUAAAAAUUAUGGAAAACGCAAUAAAAAAGGGCCUGCUUUUGGCCUUGUGCGAAAACGAACAUGC